AGCCCCAGGCACGUCUCGAGUGCACACAGGGCCGUGCAGCUGUGUGUAGUCCCAUCCUGCUGUGGGCUGGCCCAGCCCUACUGUCCCCUGCCCAUGCUGCCUGACCCCUGUUUCCAGUCUGCUGAGAGUGAGCGAGGCUGGUAAGCCAGGGAGGUGGCACUGAAGUCAGCACCUGUCAGUGCAGCAGGAAGUCUGGACACCUGGGGAGAGGGAUGGCACUGGGGGCCCAGAAGGCACGGUCUGCUGUGCACUCAGGGCAGCUGUCCUGUGUCUCAUGUUUCCACUUCUGUCUAAGAUUCAGUUUCAGGAAGGAAGUCCACUGCCUGAACACAUUUUUAAAACCACAGAAUCUGAGUGAUCUGUAAGGCUUCCUUGUAUCCAAGAGACUCCACGAUUCCCCAGCCACAAAGACAGAAGAAAGGGAAGGAGGUGAACAUUAAUGCAGGUCUUGCUCCGAGGAAGGAAAAGCAGCCUGGUGCCUUCUUCACACUAGAUACCUAUUUCUUGGUCAAAAUAAAAUAAAACACACACACACACACACACACACAAACCCAUCUGUGACCGCACAGACAACGCUUGUAAGUUAAACCACGAUGCACCUGGCAAAGCAACGGGAGGCAGGCGGAGGGCAUCCGAAGCUCAUGUGCCCAGCUGCUUCCUGUGUCAGGCAGCCAGGUGCGCAGAAUCCCAGGAUUCUGGUCCUUCAGGAAUUCACCUUUUGUGGGUUCCCAAAUACAAUGAGUGUUCUGGGAAAACUCAUGCCCAACAUAAAGGCACUUGUAGCAGAAGCAGUGGAAAAUACAGACCAGUUUCAGACAAGCAGGAACACCUCAUCUACAGCCCAUCUGUUCCAAGAAUACUCUAGGAGGAUGAUCUUGGGGAGGUCUUUGAAGAUCUGGCGAGAUGGCACAAGUGGGGCAGAAGCAGCAGCGAACCCUCCGUAAGUUUGGCUACCGCGGCGCAGACCUCAACCAGCUGCUGGACACGUCCUGUGGUCAGCUGGUACAGCUCUAUAGGGUAGCGUGGCGGUGGCAGCGGCAGCGGCAGCGGCUGACCCUCGGCCUGCGGUGGGGGCAGCACUUGCUGCUGAAGUGCAUGCGAGAUAAAAGAGGAGGCCCUGCCCACGGAGAAGCAGAGGUGGGGAAGACGCACCUUUGGGACACCAUCGUCCUGCUCGAGACGGUGGGCGUCUACUAGGGCAAGCCCUUCAGCCAGGUGGAGAUCAAGCCUGAGAUGAUCGGCCACUACCUGGGGAAGCCCAGGCAGCCUGGCAUCAAGGCCACCUUUGACGCUUUACCCCCCUCAAGUAGCCACUUGGCCAAAAAAGCCAACACUGCCCUCCCCCCUCCAAAACACUGUUCACUGGAACAAGUAAUAUAUUCAGCAAAGAGUGUGCUUUUCUCCCACAGUGAUAUAUUCUGUUGCUAGGAGACGGGUCUGGGAUAGGGUUCCUAAACUAAACUACUGCAGGCUGACUUUCAAUGAACCUGGCUCUGUAAGAGAACACAUCCCACUUACUAUGCAUGUUCGUGUGCAAAUGCCUGUCAUUUUUGAAGCCGGAUGUCAAUCAAGCCACUUAAUGUAUCACUAGGAAUCUUAGCACUGCACUAAUUGCACUUACAAGGGGAAGCCGUGCUGUCAUGGAAAAGCACUGUACUAGGAGGAAACAGAUGUGGCAUUUGUCGUUUACUA